UGUUUAAGAUUUUAAGUAUUAUGAGGAUGCUGCGGACGAAUACAGAGACCAAGAGGGUACGCUGCUGCCGCUCUGGAAGUUCCAAAACGACAAAGCCAAGCGCCUGGCCGUCACCGCCCUCUGCUGGAAUCCAAAGUACAAGGAUUUAUUUGCAGUGGGACAUGGUUCCUAUGACUUUAUGAAGCAGAGUCGGGGCAUGCUGCUGCUGUACAGCAUGAAGAACCCCAGCUUCCCUGAAUACAUCUUCAGCAGUGACAGUGGCAUCAUGUGUCUUGACGUGCACGUGGACCACCCCUCCCUGGUGGUGGUGGGUCACUACGACGGCAACGUGGCCAUUUACAACCUCAAGAAGCCCCAUUCCCAGCCCUGCUUCCGCAGCUCAGCCAAGUCUGGCAAGCACACGGACCCUGUAUGGCAGGUCAAGUGGCAGAAGGACGACAUGGACAACAACCUUAAUUUCUUCUCCGUGUCAUCUGAUGGUAGGAUCGUGUCUUGGACACUUGUAAAGAGCGAGCUGGUUCACAUUGAUGUCAUCAAGCUGAAGGUGAAAGGCAGCACCACGGAAAUUCCUGAAGGGUUGCAGCUGCAUACAGUGGGAUGUGGCACCGCCUUUGACUUCCACAAAGAGAUCGACUACUUGUUCCUAGUGGGCACAGAGGAGGGGAAAAUUUACAAGUGCUCUAAAUCCUACUCCAGCCAAUUUCUGGACACCUAUGAUGCCCACAACAUGGCAGUGGAUGCUGUGACCUGGAACCCAUACCACACCAAGGUCUUCAUGUCCUGCAGCUCCGAUUGGACAGUGAAGAUCUGGGACCACACCAUCAAGACCCCCAUGUUCAUCUAUGACCUGAACUCAGCUGUGGGUGAUGUGGCCUGGGCACCAUACUCUUCCACUGUGUUUGCAGCAGUCACCACAGAUGGGAAGGCCCACGUGUUUGACUUGGCAGUCAACAAGUAUGAAGCCAUCUGUAACCAGCCUGUGGUGGCCAAAAAGAAGAACAAGAUCACCCACGUACAGUUCAACCCCAUCUACCCUAUCAUCAUUGUGGGUGAUGACCGGGGGCACAUCACCUGCCUCAAGCUGUCCCCCAACUUGCGCAAGAUGCCAAAGGAAAAGAAGGGGCAGGAAGUGCAGAAGGGUCCAGCAGUGGAGAUCGCAAAAUUGGACAAACUGUUGAACCUGGUGAGGGAAGUGAAAACCAAGACAUGAAGCUCUGGCCUCAGUCCCUUCCCCAUUUCUUGAACCCAGUACACUGGGUCGGAUGCCAGGAGGCCUAAGCAUCCAGCAAGUGACCCCAACCCCUGAUCAGGUCCCAGUAUUUGCCCUUCUCAUUCUGCUCCUGAAAGUCCUGACACUUUUCUCUAGACUUGACCCUCAACCACCAUUACUCCCUCUUGUCUUGCACAAAUAAACCUGAUAUCUAGAA